CAAAAUAUUCAAAAUUGUUCUGUUUGUUUAGAAGAAAUUACAAAAAUUAGAAAUAUUACAGAUGAUCUUAAAUUUAAAAUUAAUAAUUGUCCUGAUAGAGAUUAUUAUAAUCAUCUUACAUAUGAAAAUGACAAAUUAUGUUCUAAUUGUUAUAUGAAAAUUAUAAAUUCUUAUCAUCGACAAAAAUCUAUGAUUAAUGAAACAAAUAAAUUAGAUAAUUUAAUAGAAAUUAGUAAAUCUACUACACCAACAAAUUUAAUCAAAAAUACUACAAGUUUAAUAGAAAUUAGUAGUGAAUCUAAUAUUUCAACAAAUUUAAUGGAAAUUAAUAAUUUAAUAGAAAUUAGUGAAUCUAAUACUUCAACAAAUUUAAUGGAAAUUAAUAAUUUAGUAGAAAAUACUUCAACAAAUUUAAUAGAAAUUAAUAAUUUAAUGGAAAUUUGUGAAUCUAAUACUUCAACAAAUUUAAUAGAAAUUAAUAAUUUGAUAGAAACUUGUGAAUCUAAUACUUCAACUAAUUUAAUAGAAUUAAUUGAGAUUCAAAAAAAAGAAUUAAUUGAAAAUACUGAAAAUUUAAACAAAAUUAAUCAACAAUUUAAUAAUAUUAAAAUUAAUAUUACUGAUAAGAUAGUUUUAAUUGAUAAAGAAAACUUUGAUCAAUUAAUCAAAUUAAUUAUUCAAAAAGAUUUAAAAAUUGAAACCUUAACUAAUCAAAAUAAUAAUAAUUUAACAACUAUUAAUAUAGAUAAUUCUG